AUGCCCAACAUACAUUUGAUAGACUCUGGUGCGAUAAUUUUUGAUAAUGGAUCUGGAGUCUGUAAAGCAGGUUUUUCUGGAGAGAAAAAACCCCUUCACACCCUCCGUUCUGUUGUGGGGUAUCAAGAACCAGGCUUUUGUUUGCCAAGAGACUACUGUUUGGGGGAUGACGCCUUGCGCAAGCAUAUAGCUGUUCGCCUGCACUACCCCAUUGAAUAUGGACUAGUCUUGGGCUGGGAUGGCAUGGAAAAGAUAUGGAGGGAAUUCUUUGAGUGCAAGCUUCAUGUGAUACCCAGUGAAUGGCCUGUGCUCAUGACUGAGCCCGCCUUGAACCCCAGGAGUAUUCGUCAGAAGAUAGCAGAGAUAAUGUUCGAGACCUUCAAUGUGCCUUCCUUCUAUCUGUCCAACCAGUCAGCUUUAUCACUUUAUGCCUCUUCCUGCCUCACAGGCCUGGUUGUAGAAAGUGGGUAUGGCAUCACUUGUACUGUCCCAGUCUUUGAGGGUUACCCUGUGCGCCAAGGUGUCACCAAGCUCUACAUAGCAGGGAGAGACCUUACAGAAUAUCUCGCCCAGCUCCUGCAAACCACUGGAUAUGCAAACUCCUACAUAGGUGACAGGGGUGUGGUGUGUGACAUCAAAGAGAAGCUGUGCUAUGUGGCCUUUGAUAGAGAGAAGGAGAUGAAGAAGAAGCGUGAAGAAGUCCAGAAAGGAUACAGUUUGCCAGAUGGGUCUGUUAUCUACAUUGGUGAUCACCUGUACCAGGUUCCUGAAGUUCUAUUUGAACCUCGCCUACUAGGUCUUGACAACCCUGGAAUCUCAAAAAUGGUGGCCACCAGCAUCUUUAAGUGUGACUUUAGAAUGCAAAGGAAACUUUUUGCAAAGAUUAUGCUGACAGGAGGAAACACCAUGUUCCCUGGAAUGGAGGAACGCCUCUUGAAAGAGCUGGAACAGUUGUCUUUUAAAGGGGCCCCCAUCAAGAUCAUGGCUUCUCCUGACAGGAUUUUCUCUGGGUGGACUGGUGCAUCCAUAAUGACUUCUCUAAGCACAUUCAAGAGGAGGUGGGUCACCUCUGCUGAAUUCAAAGACUUUGGACCAUCUAUAGUGCAGAGAAAAUGCUUAUAG